AUGGAACACGGUCGCAAGCGGAGAGGGGCACGCAGCGGCGUGGGCGCGGCAGCGGGGCGGUUUAGCGAUUGCCUCUUUGAGUGCGCCACCGCGCCUGGCGCGGCCCCGAACACAGCGGCUAGCGUGUCAGUGCCUGCAGCACGGACCCAGCGGCUAGUAGAGCAGUUCCUGCAGCCUGCGGGAGAACAGCGCGUGACAGCCGCCCAAGGUCGCGCCGCUCUGGGCUCGUCUGUGGGCAGCGUCGAGAGCGCGGCGACUGUGGCCGAGGUGCUGGCGCUGGACGUGGGCGCAGCAGGACGGAGCGGCACUGCUGCGCCCAGCGGUAGCGGCCCAGCCGCGGGCCACGGGCGCCCAGAGGUGCUCGCGCUAGACGCGCGGGCGCGGGCCGCUGUGACACGUGGGCUGCUUCCGCGCGCCGACGCCCUGGCGGCAGUGGAAGCGGCGCUUGGCAAGUUGGGGGCGGAAGCUGCACGCGAGGCGGGCGCGGUGCGGAGGCUACAGCAGGAGGUUGUGGAGGCGCCCUCAGACGCGGUGCGGGCGGCGGAGCGGGAAGCGUUCAGCGCCCGCCUGGAAAGCGCGUUCCGGCCCGCGCUGGUCACACUGCAGACGCUGGAGACGCGGUUGGCGCAUGGGAGGUCGGCGGCCGCCGCACUGGAGACGCGACUUCGGCGCCUAGAACACGCGGCCGUGCUGGAGAAGCGUGCUGCAGACAUGCGGCGUGGUGAAAGGCUGGCCGCACGCUUGGCUAAUCAACGUGCCGCGAUGUGCGAUAUGGCUGCGUUGGCGUUCGCUGUGCUGGCCAUCUGGUUAGUAAUGUGGGGCGUCUGA